AUGUACAUAAUGUCACUGAAGGCGUGUUGUGUGGUAGAGGGUAGCUAGCACCCACCUUCAAGCUAACAUGAGAUUUUGAGCACAGACGCACUAGACUCACACACACUGAACCUGCUCUGUGAGGAAAUUGACACGAGAGAUGCAAUGGUGAUAUAAAUGAUAGUGGUUCACAUAGCAACACAGAGGACAUGUCGGUGUCCUACUCUUCUGCUCUGCAUUUGGCAAUGCUUCUGAGUCUCCACUCAGAUCAAACAUUGAUCUAUUUUUCUACAGGUUUACAGAACCUAACUACACUGUCAAAUCCAACAGCAGUCAUACUACACAAAGGAAAUUCAGUGACGAUCCACUGCACCCACAAUUUACCCAAUGACAUUGAAAUAUUUACAGUAACUAUAAAAGGAACAGAGGUGCUGUGCUUUUCUCAGUUUAACAGACAAGAGUGGCUGGUGUCAAAGACAUGUAAAGAAAGCAUACAAAUUAAUUGGAAUAAUGAGACCAGAGAAAUCUUCUUUUCACUGAUGAAGCUACAGAUAAAUGAUUCUGGACUUUACUCUUGUGAAGUGAAAAGAGCUGCACCUCCACCUGCACAAGUUUUCUCAAAAAACAUAACUAUUUGUGUAACAGCCCCUCCUGCAGUGUCUGUGUCUGACGUAAAGGAGCCCGGUAGUGGACUUCCCAUGUUGCUGUGCUCCUCUCAGGGGUUUUACCCAAAGACCAUAGAGCAGGUGUGGUUUAGAGAUGGUCAGCUCCUCAACACCAGACUUUCAGAUAGGCAGAGAGAGGACAACACAGAUGGUUCCAUCACCGUCCACUCCUACCUGCCUCUGUCCUCAGGACCCAGCAAGGCUGGCCUCUAUCUCUGCUGGGUCAACCACUCUUCCCUCAGCCACCCCAUCACUGUCAAUCACACAGUCAUGUCCAAUGGUUUCCCAGUGAGUUGGCUAUAUAUUGUGGUCAGCAUUGGAGUAGUCUUGAUUCUAGUGGUCCUUAUCGUCAUGAUCUUCAAGUGUACACAGUUCAAGAGAGUCAAACACCUUUUUCCUCUUGGAACAUCCCAAGAACCUGUCCACACUGUCUCCUCCGUGACUGAGAACAUCAUCUACUCAACACUGGGAGACCAUCAUCCAAUCACUCUCUCCACUGCUAUACCAACAUAGACAAGGGAUCAACAAGCAGUACUGUACCAAUAGGGCCAUAGACAGUACCACCUGAUGUACCAAAUCCUAGGAUGGGAUCCUAGCUGCAGAUGAAUCAUGUAGGACUUUCUCAGAACCACCAUGUUUGGGACACUUGACUGGGGAAUACAAAAAUAUGAAUUUGCUUGUAGGCUAUUUAUUCUAAUGAUGUGUAUAAAAACAAUUUGAUGUUGAAUGGUUGUCCAAACUGUAAUGCCUCUGAUUAUGUUAAUCUCAGAUAAUCCAGUGACGACUGUCAUUGAUACCAGUAAUAGUCUCUCUAUGUCUGGGUAGCAGCCCAGUACAAUUCCUCCUCCCAGCUGCCCACUGCACUGAGGCUAGGAAACACUGUCACCACUGAUAAAUCCAUGAUAAUUGAGAA